UGAGGCGGCGGCGGCGGGCAGGAUGCACCAGAAGCUGCUGCGCAGCGCGCACUACAUCGAGCUGGGCGGCUACCAGUACUGGCCCGUGCUGGUGCCCCGCGGCAUCCGCCUCUACACGUACGAGCAGAUCCCCGUCUUCCUCAAGGACAACCCCUACAUCACGGACGGCUACCGCGCCUACCUGCCCUCCCGCCUCUGCCUCAAGAGCCUCUUCAUCCUCUCCAACGAGACCGUCAACAUCUGGAGCCACCUGCUCGGCUUCGUGCUCUUCUUCACGCUCGGCAUCUACGACCUGACGGCUGUGCUGCCCAAGGCCGGUGCCUCCCGCGAGGACUUUGUCAUCUGCUCCGUCUGCCUCUUCUGCUUCCAGGUCUGUAUGCUUUGCUCAGUAGGAUAUCAUCUCUUUUGUUGUCAUCGCUCAGAGAAAACCAGCCGACGAUGGAUGGCGUUAGAUUAUGCAGGAAUUUCCAUUGGGAUCCUGGGCUGCUAUGUCUCAGGCGUGUUUUAUGCCUUUUAUUGUAAUAACUACUGGCGUCAGGUAUAUCUAAUCACUGUGCUGGCAAUGAUCUUGGCAGUGUUUUUUGCUCAGAUUCAUCCCAGUUACCUCACGCAACAGUGGCACAGGCUGCGCUCCAUCAUCUUUUGCUCAGUGUCGGGAUAUGGAAUUAUUCCUACAAUUCACUGGGUUUGGCUCAACGGAGGGAUUGGUGCAUCUAUUGUACAGGAGUUUGCUCCACGUGUGGUUGUGAUGUACUUCAUUGCUGCAGUAGCUUUUCUCUUCUAUAUUUCCAAAGUCCCAGAGCGAUACUUUCCAGGACAGUUGAACUACCUCGGAUCUAGUCACCAAGUAUGGCAUAUCCUCGCAGUGGUGAUGUUGUACUGGUGGCAUCAAUCCACAGUUUAUAUCAUGCAAUACAGACACGCCAAGCCCUGUCCCGAGUAUAGCAUGGACUUGUGAGUGAAGGUCUAGCCGUUCUUGUGCCUGUGAGAAGAGGCAUCUUACCACAAAGAUAUUUCUGACUAUGAGCAUCUGGACCUUACGUAGGUGCUGAACUAUGAAGUUAUGCACUGAGGCCGUUCCUCUCCAACUUCUCCAGUGAUUCCCUACUUGCUGGGAUGUGUAAUCGAGCAGUUUUGAAGACAGCAACAAAGUCCAGGCCUUGGAUCAAUUUCCUUCUCCAUCAUUUCCUCGCUGGCCGUGAAGUACAUAACAGGUCUUCCUGGAGUGAUGGAGGGAAGUGAGAUCAAGUGGAGGGAUCACGGUUCCUUUGCUGAUGAUGGUAAAAAUGAGCACUGAAAUGUAAGUACGUGCUCUGGAUGAGCUAAGAGACCCUCUGAGUGGUUCAGUGAUUUGCAGGUAUUUGUUCAAGUGUCAAGGACCCGGCUCCUAGCAGCAUUCUUUUAAAAGCACUGGGAAUGGUUGGACCUGAUCUUGAAUCUCAGCCACAUCAGUCCGGUGUGCUCUAUCUUUCAGCAUCAUUGCGUGAUGUGCUUGUGCUUAAACAUCAGUACAGUGAUGUCUAAAAUGGAAGUUAGUGGAGUCUUGUACUUUCUAGAAAAGCUUUUUUCCUUGUUCUCGGAAGAUGAGAGCAGAUAUCAUCCACUGUAGCUUUCAUUGCACAUCUUGAACAGGUCCCCUCACUGUGGACCUCACCGUUACUUUAGCAAUUUCAUCCAACACCUAGAUAAAUCCUGUAGGUACUUGUAAAAUAAUGCAGUUCUGAAAUGUUCUGAGGGUAGCAGUGUUCAAGUUGUAUGCACUUUUGACAGUUGCAAAGAGUUUGUUUUGUUUUGUAAAGAAGUUUGUCUUCUUCGUUUACAAGGAUAAACAAUCCACCCUAUUUGAUUUAGGGAUACUGGUGUGAAUCACUUAACCUGGCCUUUUCACAUGAUAUAUCAUGCUGUACUUACAGCACUUUCUUACUGGGAAAAAGACUUAUUGCCAUAAGUUUUGUCACAGUGAAAAUAAUUGCCUUGGGUUUAAAAAUAAAAUGUAGUUCAACCAUGCCUUGUAGGCACUACAGAGAUUUGGAAGAUAGAAGUUUUUGAGAGCUGCAACUCAGCUCCAUGGGUGCCAGUUUUCCUAACAGGGUAGGAAUUUUUCAGAUUUUUUUUUUUUAAUAAACAUUUUAAGUGGCUUCUGUGGAACAGCUGCUUGUGUUUACAGUUCAGUUGAGCCGUGGUAGCAAAUGCUGCUGCAUGGCGUGAUCAGGUGUUUGUUCAACAUUUGUCAAGUGUUUUCGUUUGCAUGCAUCAAGAUGCUGUUAAUGCACAACGUGAACAAGCUGGGAGCAGAACAGUUGUAAGACAUGAUUGCAUCAGUACGAGGCAUGUCACAAAGCAGGUGAACCUGUAACUGCUUCUGCUAUGGCUGCAGGCAGACACAUUCUCUCCUGGGAUCAUCAUGUGGUACAAAGAAUCACAGAAUGGUUGAUGUCACAAGAAAUCCAUACCGUAUCUGCAAGUGUGGCCUUCAAAAAUGCACAAAUCUUCACUCUUAGUGUGGAAAUCUUGACAACAGUCACCCUGCAGCCCCUUGCAAGUGGCCUUCUGCCAUUUUGAACAAGUUCUCUUACCCAAGAAGGCCAAGGAGAUGACCAAGGGCAUGGAUGCGCCUCGCGCUGGGCUAGGAAAGCCGUAAACAACAACAGCAGAAGCUGCACGACCUACAAGAACAUCUCUCGCCUGGCUUAUCCUCUCCUGUUGCCUUUGUCCUCUGGCGUGUAGGGGUAAUUUCCAAGAAGGUUUUAGCCCCUGUAGUGAUAGUGUAGCCCAGCUCCCCCUUGGGCGGCAUAGCCACCCAAAAUGGUUUACGGGGAAGGGAGCUCCACAGGCCGCUUGUCCAACCUCCUGCGCAGUGGUACCAGCUCCAGACUGGGCUCUCUUUCAUCAGACCUUGAUUGGGAAACUUGCAAAGAGGACGACUGCCCAGCCUCGCUGGGGCCGCUUCCCCCUGCUUUACUGGCAGCACCCUUGGGGUGCAGCACCCUUCUGCGUGCGGGCAGACAGUGCUGUGUCUGCUUCAGCUCGCAGCCUUGCGCAGUCUGUCAACCUCUGGCCAUGCUUCUGGAGGCUGGUACUAGGUCCCCUGAAGCUGUCACCCCAUGUCCUGGCUAAAUAGGCCCAGCUGCCUCACUCUUGGCUUGUACAGGACAAUCUCUACCCCUCUGGGUCUCGUGGUAGCCCUAAGACCUAAAAGAUCAAAGAUAUUGUCCAAGAUAUUGUCCAAGACAUACAAACUUCACUAUAAAGUAUUGAAGGCCCUGCAUUUUCCACCUCAGGAGAAUUUUAACUCCUGUCGGGUUAUGCUGGCAUUUGCUGUAACAAGAUAACAUUAACCCUAGAUUUUCAUCAAGGGAGCAUUUUUGUCAACUCUGAAAACAGUUAAUAGCAAGAACUGACUUUGCACUUAGAAUUUAACUCCCAGCCGGUGGAGCUUUUUUCAUGUGAACAUUGAACUAUUUUUUUUCUUUAAACUUGACAGCCAAGCAAGUUUCGAGUGCACUAAUGACUGCCACUGCAGCCUAACAAGGAAUCUGCAAGUUAAAAGGCCCAUUUCCAGUGUUACGUAAACAGUAUUUGAACAAGGCGUGAUUGUGUCUUGAGAGCAUAUUGAUUUUAUAGAUGGCUAGGUUUUUUUUAAUGUAAACUAACUACUGUAGCAGUUUUCAUUGGAUAAGGAAACUGAUUGCCAAGUUGUACAUUUUUAUUACCCUGAUAAAAUUUAUCAAGCUGCAUGACACUGAUUUAUU